AUGACCGCGGAUAUUACAUUCGGCUGUUAUUCGGCUGUUCCUGAUUACCUGAUUACCACAGGAUGUCGCCGCAUGAUUCCCGAUGAGGAUAUUGGUAUAAAAACGAAAACCGUCGUCGUGAAUGGGACUACCUCCACGGAUUUUCUCGUCGCUAUUACUGAUACGCAACCCGUCAGUAGCGUCACGACAACCUUCGCUGCGGAGGACGUUAGUAAUCAUGGGGCUGUUUCUAUGCAGCCUAUGCUUCACCUAGUGCAUCGUCAGUCUGAUCUUAAAGCAGCAGGAACAGCUGGGGCGGGCUUCACAGCGGCUGCGUCCACAACAGCUACAUCUACUUCGAACUCUGCGGCAAGAGUCGCCUCGAGGAUUAACUCGUGGGAUGGGUUAAGUGGUGUCCUUGGUGUGUCAGUCGCUGUGAUCGUUUUGGGUGCCGCUAUAGUCUUCCAAUAA